UCGUCCUGUUCGAGACGUGAGAUAGAAGCACUUUAUAUCAUAUUCUUAACAAUAAUAAUGAAAAAAAAAAAAACCAUAUGAUCUUUGAUCGGAUCCUGAGAGGAGAUGAAGGAUUUAUUUAAGAACCUAGCAACAGAGCGGUGCCCAAUUUUCCAUCUUCUCCGUAACCAAACUCCCUCUCUCUCGGUCUCUGUCUCUCUCUUUGAGUCACUCUGCUUAACCCAAAAAUUAAAAUGGCUAUGCCAUCACUUUCCUUCCUCCACCAAUCGCCUCCAAAACCUUCACAUGUCUAUUUCUCUAACCCAUCUCCGCCACUUUUCCUUCAGUCUCCUUUUGUUAACAUGAGGACACCCCUCUCUGUACAUUCCUCCAAAGCACUGCAAAUCAGGUCUUCCUUCUCCUCAACAUCGAUUUCCGAACCUACUGAAGACCCUGUCAAGCUUGCUUUUUCUGUUAAUUCAACCCUUAAAAUUGCCAUCAUAGGCUUUGGAAACUACGGCCAACACCUGGCCAAGACUCUGGUAGCUCAAGGCCACACUGUUUUAGGCUCCUCGAGAUCCGACCAUUCGCACAUUGCUCAAGAGCUUGGAGUCUCCUUCUUUCUAAACCCCAAUGACCUUUGCGAACAACACCCUGAUGUCAUCCUCCUCUGUACUUCGAUUAUCUCCACCGAACAAGUCUUGAAAUCUCUUCCUCUACAAAGACUGAAGCGGUCCACCUUGUUUGUCGAUGUCCUAUCCGUCAAAGAGUUCGCCAAGAACCUCCUCCUCGACGUCUUGCCUCCUGAUUUCGACAUCAUUUGUUCCCACCCCAUGUUCGGACCACAAAGUUCCAAACAAAGCUGGGAAAACCUCUUCUUUAUGUACGAAAAGGUCAGAAUUGGGAACGAAUCCUCCAGGGUCCAAAGAUGCAACGAUUUUCUAGCAAUAUUUGAAAGAGAGGGAUGUAAAAUGGUGGAAAUGAGAUGUCAAGAGCACGACAAGUUGGCAGCCGGGUCACAGUUUAUGACUCACACGGUAGGCAGGGUUUUGGACAUGUUGGGGCUGGAGUCAACGCCGAUUAAUACAAAGGGUUAUGAAACUUUGUUGGAACUGGUGGAGAAUACUCGAGGGGACAGCUUUGAUCUCUACUACGGGCUUUUUUUGUAUAAUAAGAGUGCUUUGGAGAUGCUUGAGAAGUUGGAUUUAGGUUUUGAUGAGUUGCGGAAUGAGCUCUCAGGGAGAUUGCACGAUGUAGUGAAAAAGCAAUUGUUCCGGAAUGCAGUGAGGGGAAAGAGUCUGCCAGAUAAAAGUUACCAAAAUGGUGCUGCAAUGCCGUCGAUCUUAAACUCCCUGAGAUCUCAAGAUGUGAUUCAACCAUAUGAAUACGACGAGAAGAUCUCUGAAAGCAUUGAUGAUAGUUCGAAGCUGAAGAUUGCAAUAGUCGGGUUUGGAAACUUUGGUCAGUUCCUUGCAAAAGCCUUUGUUCGACAAGGCCACUCAGUUUUAGCCUAUUCUAGAACAGACUACUCUACUGUGGCUCAGAAAUUGGGAGUUUCUUUCUUCUCUGACGCUGAUGAUCUCUGUGAAGAGCACCCAGAUGUUAUUCUUUUAUGUACUUCGAUUCUUUCCACUGAAAAAGUUCUCAACUCAUUGCCGCUUCAGAGAUUGAAGAGAAGCACCCUAUUUGUCGAUGUACUAUCAGUGAAAGAGUUUCCAAGGAACUUGUUUCUUCAAAAUUUACCCUCGGAUUUUGAUAUUCUAUGCACACAUCCCAUGUUUGGACCCGAAAGUGGUAAAAAUGGAUGGAAAGGUCUUGCUUUCGUUUUUGAUAAAGUGAGGGUCGGAAGUGAUGAAAAAAGGGUAGCAAGGUGCAAUACAUUCCUCAACGUUUUUGCUCGAGAAGGAUGCCGGAUGGUGGAGAUGUCCUGUGCAGAACAUGAUUGGCAUGCAGCAGGGUCACAGUUUAUUACACACACGAUGGGAAGAGUUUUGGAGAAGUUAAAGUUAGAGUCCACACCAAUUAACACUAAAGGGUAUGAAACUUUGUUGAAUUUGGUGGAGAACACCGCUGGGGAUAGUUUUGAUCUUUAUUAUGGGCUUUUUAUGUACAAUGUAAACGCCAUGGAACAACUAGAGAAGUUAGAUUUGGCUUUUGAGUCAUUGAAGAAGCAGCUUUUUGGUAGAUUACAUGGUCUCUUUCAGAGGCAAUUGGUUGGAAGUGCCGAUGAGAAGCUUCAAGUACUUGAGAAAGGAAAGGGUAAAGUUUUUCCUGAGAAAUCAGUUGUGCCAUAUGGGGCCGCAAUGCCCACAUCUCCCAAAGAGAAAUUCCACGUUUUAUGGGAGAAUUCAGUACUGCAGGCAUCCCCUGAAAAUAGGCUUGAAGUUGUGGAGGAGAAGUCUGUUAGGAGAAACGGUGCUGCCCUUGCAACUUCGCCAGAAAGUGUCAGUUAGAAUCAAUUAAACUGUGUUGUUCUCCAAUUCGUAAAUAGUAUGGCAGCUGCUUAAAUUCUUA